CUCUCUACAAGCUUAUAUGCUGCGCCUUUUAUUGCCUUCUCCGACUAUAGAUAAAAGGCGGAGAGGAGCGGGACGACGAACUCGAGAUGCUCAUCACAAUAACCGCCUCAGUCUCUCACUCCUUCCUCUCUUUCUUCUACUCCCCUUCUCCCUCCUCUCCCAGAACCCUAAUCUCCUCGCUUCUACCGAACAAACUCAGCCUCCGAUCUAGCUUCUUGCCAUUCUCUUCUCUCGGCCGGCGGAGGCACCACCUCCAUAGCCAGCCAACGGGCUCGGUGUCGGCGAAUACCAUGAAUGCCUCGUCGCAAAAGCUAGAGAAUCCUGACGAUCUUAUCGAUUCCGUGGAGACCUUCAUCUUUGAUUGCGAUGGAGUGGUGUGGAAGGGCGAUAAGUUGAUUGACGGCGUUCCAGAAACCCUGGACAUGUUACGCUCAAAGGGGAAGAGGUUGGUGUUUGUAACUAACAAUUCAACCAAGUCCCGAAAGCAAUAUGGCAAGAAGUUCGAAACAUUAGGUCUUAAUGUCAGGGAGGAGGAGAUCUUUGCAUCAUCUUUUGCAGCUGCUGCUUAUUUGAAGUCGAUUGAUUUUCCUAAAGAUAAAAAGGUUUAUGUGAUAGGUGAGGAUGGUAUACUUAAAGAGCUGGAGCUUGCUGGACUCCAAUAUCUUGGUGGUCCGGCAGAUGGCGAGAAGAAGAUAGAGCUAAAACCCGGUUUUCUGAUGGAACAUGACAAGGAUGUUGGUGCUGUUGUAGUUGGUUUUGAUCGAUAUAUCAACUACUAUAAAAUCCAGUAUGGAACUUUAUGCAUACGCGAAAAUCCUGGUUGUCUCUUCAUAGCCACAAAUCGUGAUGCUGUUACUCAUCUCACAGAUGCUCAAGAAUGGGCAGGUGGAGGCUCUAUGGUUGGUGCAAUUCGUGGCUCAACUCAGAAGGAACCCAUUGUAGUUGGAAAGCCCUCCACUUUUAUGAUGGACUACUUAUCCCAAAAGUUUGGUAUUCUCAAGUCACAAAUAUGUAUGGUUGGAGAUAGAUUGGAUACAGAUAUACUAUUUGGGCAAAAUGGUGGCUGCAAAACCCUGCUUGUACUCUCAGGCGUGACAACUCUGCAAAUGCUUCAAAAUCCAAACAAUUCUAUACAACCUGAUUUCUACACCAAUAAAGUUUCCGACUUCCUCAGUCUUAAAGCGACCGCUGUAUAAAAAACGUGUAAAGUAAAGUUGCUUUAUUUAAACCAUCAAUCUAAUUUAUGCUCCAUUGUAAUUGAGAAGAUGUAAACAGAACGAAAGGAAGGUAGUAGUGCGGUCAUUUGUAUUUGUAACAAGGUCAACGCUUUACUUCGCAUUUGAAUUAUUGAAUUAGUUUAUAUCUGGA